AUGGCGAGGGGGAAACUGUACAGCACGGUGGUGGUGAACCGCUUCCUGGAAGGCAUGGCUCGUCAUCAGGAGCACGCGUUCCUUAUAGCUGGAGAUAAACGGGCGCUCAGCCUGUCAACCACAAGUUGGACUAAUUUGGAAAAUACGGUUCCUCUCCUCAAAAGAAACAGCUCAUGCUCCUUUGGACACUUGUAUAAAACAGCUGUGUGCACUUCCCUGUUCGUUCUGAACAACUGGAAUCAGAGUGUCCGGCUUGAUCCUAGAACUGGAACCGUGAAGCCAGUAUGGAUGGAGUUAAUAUUCUUUGGCUUGUGCAGUGCCCUGAAAAAACUGGUAGGGCAGCACAGUCGUGGCAAAGAAGCGCCGGUACCUGAUUAUGAAGUAAAUUAUCUGGGCACUUUGGUGGUGGUGGUGGAGAGACAGGGAAUCAAGCUCAAUCCCACGGAGUGUGACGCCUCACAAGGGCAGCUAGAAGAGCUGCACCGCGCGGGACGAGUUGCCGGCGGCGCCGGACGGAGCAGAAGGGGAGAGAGCGUGGAGCCAGAGAGGGUUGUCAGUGCAGCGCCCCUUACCUUUGUUCAGACGCACCUCCCAGAGGCUGACCUCAGUGGCUUGGUUGAGGUCAUCUUCUAUGUGUUCGGGGUCCUUGAGGACCUGGGCCCCUCAGGCCCAUCAGAGGAGAAUUUCCAUAUGGAGGCCUUCACUGAGAUGAUGGAGGCCUAUGUGCCUGGCUUCGCCCACAUCCCAAGGGGUACCAUAGGGGAAAUGAUGCAGAAGCUCUCAGGGCAGUUGAGUGGUGCCAGGAACAAAGAGAACCUGCAACCACAGAACUCUGAGGUCCAAGGUCAGGUAUCUGUCUCCCCAGAGCCUCUGCAGCAGUUCAAAGAAGAGACGAUGUCUUCUCCGACUGCUGCUAGGGACACCCAAGAUGAGGCAUCCGGCGCUGAGGAGGAGCUGCUGCCGGGGGUGGACGUACUUCUGGAGGUGUUCCUUACCUGUUCGGUGGAGCAGGCCCAGUGGGUGUUGGCCAGAGCUCGAGGGGACUCGGAAGAAGCUGUGCAGAUGCUGGUAGAGGGGAAGGAGGAGAGGCCUCCAGCCUGGGAUGGCCCCAACCAGGACCUGCCCAGGCGCCUCAGAGGCCCCCAAAAGGAUGAGCUGAAGUCCUCCAUCCCGCAGAAGUACAUGAUGGUGGAUAGCGCAGAGGGUCAGAAGAUUCACUGGCCUGUGGCUCCUGAGGAGGCUCCCAAGAAGCUGACCCAGUACAUGGACAACCAGGUGGUGAGCACCAAAGUGGAGUGAUUCAAAGAUGUGCGGGACCCUGAGGCUGGGGAAAUGAAGGCCACAUACGUCAACCUCAAGCCAGCCAGAAAGUACCGCUUCCACUGAGGCACUCGCCAGACUCUGCCCGAGCCGUCUAGGCUCAGAUCCCAGAGGGACG